CUUUGAAGAGCGCAAUCGCUUUUUCACAAAAUAAUAAUAUUUAUUUUUCACAUUUUGCAUUUUACUUCGUCGUCAAAGUUUGAAGUUUUUGAAAUUUGGGUUCAUAAUUAAUACCUAAUGCGUAGUUGCCAUUAACUAAUGGACUUAGAUUAGUAUGUUGUCCGGUUAGUGGGAGGUGCUUCUGAUUCCAACUUAUCGUAGAUGUGAAGUAGCACUUCAAACUUGAACCGGAAGUGGGUCAUGCCUCCAAAGGUGGUUAAGUAAUAGGCGAAGCUGAAAAAGGAACAGAGACAAAUGGAGGAGAACGAGCUGGCGACGGAGGAUGACGCCCUGCCUGACGAAACCAAGGCGGACCAUCGCCGAAGAUUGGAACGAGAACGAAAAGGACAGAGUCGCAGUGAGAAAAAGGCAACCACGACACCUUCGUCCCGAUUACGACCUUCGUCAGCACGUGUGAAGCAUAUCAAGAUUGAAAGGGAUGAGGUUACUGAUGACGAUGCGGAGGAAGGAAGUGGAGAUGACGAUAAAGCCCUUUUGCGAAAUCCUAUAGUAAAAUUGCAAGAAUCAGAAUGUGAAGACAAUAAUGACGCCGAGUACACUCCUGACGAUGACCGGAGCCAGUCUGAUGAAUUAAUUCAAGUACCAAAAAGGACACAAAGAAAGCGCCGGAGGACAUCAACAAAAUCGAGAUCUGCCUCCAGUAUCGACAAUAGAACAAAUCCCAGACGUAAACGGUCAGUCAGUGCCAAAAAUUUGAAACUGGAAGCCAUCAGAAAGAGAAUUAAGAGAAAGGAGGAGGAAACUCUGGCGUAUGACGGACCAGAUCUUGACUCGAUUCCUGGGGAAACGUGGGCCGAUUAUAGACGGCGAAAGGACCGUGAGAGGGUCAGAAAGAAGAGAGCCAUGCAGAAAAGUAUGCACAAUCUGGACAAGGGUAAUAACGACUCAUCCCAAGCUCACCCACCUACUGGUGCGGUUGACCCAUCCACUUCUCGGCCCCCUGUCCCUGUGUAUUACACUCCCCGGGAGAAGGUAGUUCGUUCCAUUCGGCAUGAGGUGGACCGCCUUAUUAGCACUGAGACUGAGAAAAAGUGGGACCCUAGCAGUAAAAAGUGGAAGAAGAAUCGACCCCAAAAUUUGGACGACGUGGCACCUGAAGCCGGUGAAGACUUGCUCUUUAAGGAAAUGCUCAUACUUAAGUUGCAGUUGGAAUUUGAGAACGUUCGAUCUGUACUCAUCGCCGAAGCCGUCGAGCUUGAAUUAGGCAAUUGUGUUCCAUCAUUGGAACGACCCGCACCCAUAGAUCAAAGUCAAAGUUCAAAUGACCCUGCUCAAGACGAUGGCAGUGACCACGACCAUAAUGAGGAUGAUUGUAAUAGUAGUAGCGAUCACGAUGGCUCCGCUUGCAGCUCUCUUGAAGUCGUCAUGGUUAAACCAGAACCCUCCGACAUCCAAGACAAAAACGAGAUGCAAGACUGGAUAGCCAACACCGUCUCUGCGGCCGACGACGAUUUUACCAAUUCCCACAACAGCUCUGGAUUCCAACCAAAAAAUCGAAUUCACAAUAUCAGGAAACAAGAGCGCGCCUCCCAACUUGAAUUACAACUUGAAUUAUGCCGUGCCCGCUGGAUGGAGGAAAAACCGGACGACUCCCAAAGUCGUGACCUGAUCGACAUUGAACGUCAAAGCCUCAUUGACCAAGUUAUCCUCGAAAAGAAGGAGCUUAUCAAACACGCAGAAGUCUGGCUUAGUCAAAAGAGAGAACUUUACAGCAAGGAAUCUCUCACCGAGAGGAGCGCCCGGAUCGCGGCUCGCUUAAAAGAUAACGAACCUCAACAUUCAACCCCAAAGGCAACAGGCAUCCCUCUCACACCUGAAGAGAAAAAGUCACGGCACGCCCAAUUUUCUCGGAUACGAUGCCGCAUGGAGAAAAAAGAGUAUGAAAUCCACCUUAAACUCGUCGCUACCCUGAAUCCGGCUGAAUUCGCUAACACAUUGACACACCCAGAUCAUCAGCCAGUCAUCCAAUAUUGGACAUUGGCCGCAGGAUCGAACAAAGUCAAAGUUAGAGAAGAACUAAUUAAGUACCGGAAAAUGUUGGGAAAAUUCCUCACUUUAACAAAAACGAGCAAAAUCAGCUAUAAUAAGUCGUCUUUAGCGGUUCAGGUUGUCGAAUCCUCGGUGACUACAAAUUUCAAAGAGUUUCACACUUUUUUGGAAAAGUUUGGCUCCGUCGUUCUAAAGUAUUUAGAACAUAGACGAUUCUACGUCGUUCGCAGAAUCAAGAAAUACAAUGAGCUUAGUUUGGAGGAGAAAUUUAAGGAUAAUUUGUAUCGCAAGGAGUGGAAAGCGAAAAAGCGUGGUGGUGGCGUCAUCUCGGAGGAAGCUCGCGCCAAGUUUGACGCCGAACGAGAGGCCGGUGUUGCCGGAUGGGAGGCUAGAAAGAGGGAAAAAGCGAUGAAGAAGCAAUUGCAACAGGUAAUGAAAUGUGUCAAAGGGUCAAAACGACAACGGAGUAAGAAAACCCCAUCAGCGUCGAUGUCGACAACCGCUCCGCCAAGAAAGAAAAUGACCCCAAACAAGAAAAAAACUGCAAAUCUUCUACACACACUCACAACGAUGCCCACAUAUCUUCCCCCACAACGACAAAAUCGAUAUCAUGUCGAUGACGACCACGACGACUGGACGCCCAACAAUGCGGCGGACUCAUACUCUCCUCCACCACAAGAUGACGAUCACUACGUGAAAGAAGCUGAAUUCCCUCAUCAACAGCAACACCACACCCAUCAGCACUUUAUGGCGGUAGAAACUCCGGUUGGGUAUGAAUUGGGUCAAGUCCAACUCGACGGGUGGGUAGCCUUAUCGACACCACAGCAACAUGAUGCCUAUCACCAUGAGCAGAUUAAUUCGUCCUACCAAUCUACAUUGACCGGUUAUCAGCAACACCUGUCCACCAUUAAUACCAAUGACUGGUCAUCUAACGCUGCUCAUCGAAACUCCACCGAUGAUUAUACUCAUCACGGCUCAUCGCAGCCUAAAAAUAUCAAACGGAAGCCGGGCCGUCCACGUGGGUCGAGUUAUAAAUCUCACUCCACCAAAUUGGUCAAGGACUCGUUGAAACGCUGCCGACGUACCCACCCUCCGAAUACUGAUUUCUGGGGGAACCGUGCCAGGAAGGAGAGCAAGGCACGAAGAGCUACUCUUGGUCCUGCACCCCCCGUAGAACCACUCCUACCGGAAACCAUAUGUCCCUUAGAGCGCUCAGUACAAAAGAUGCUGGAGACGAAACUACCCGAAAAUGUGGCCAAUUUAUGUCCGAAAUGUCCCCACUGUGAUAAAGUCUUCAAUGAAGAGUCCGCUUUUAAGGCACAUUUGAAAAAGAGACAUUCCGAACAGGAAGUGGAUAAGAAGAAAUCGAAAAAGAUGAAACCAAGUAAUCAAUCGAAGGAGAAGUUUACCUGUCCCAUCUGCGAUUUCGUAUACACUGACAGGUCACGGCUCUAUGAACACUUGUAUGCAUACCACUGGGUCAAAAACGAGAUCAAAUGGAUGUGUCCGUUCAGCGCCCGCGUUGGGAAACAAGUUGACCUAAAGUGUAACAAUUUGCUGUUUGGAAAGAUUGGUUUAUUAAACCAUUUUAAGAGAAAACAUCCUGAGUCGACCAAGCAUUGGUACUUGCCUUUUGACUCGCGCAGCACAACGAGUCGUUCCUCUCUCUUUGUGUGUCUUGAAUGUGACCAUGAUUGCAAAUCAUUCUCCACCCUCAUCGACCACUACGUGUCGACGCAUGACCAUUUACGAUGGGGUUGUGAGCAUUGUGGCGUCUUGUUGAGGAGAAGGGAGCAGUUGGAUGAUCAUGUCGCCCUCUUUCAUCCGCAUGACCAUCGUGGGAUCGAAAACUCGAAAUGUGACGCUCCGCUUAAUAUUUCGAGUGUAAAUGUCCACAAGUGUGCUACAUGUCUGUCUGAAUUUUCGUCAGUGGAAUGGCUGCAAAGUCAUGUCAACAAAGGUCACAGAUUUGUCGCUGAAGGAGAGGGGACCGAAAAUUCACAGCCUGAAGAAUGUGAUACGAAUCUGACUUGCUUCUGGUGCAGGAAAGUGUUCAAGACGAACUCUGAGUUGAUGGAUCAUAUAGACAAAUGUCAUCCUAAUGAGCCACCGGUAUCGAAAGCGAUGGAGCCGGAAAUGUAUCACUGUGCGGAACCUUACAAAUGCGAACUCUGUGCAAAAUCGUUCCUAACUUUGGCCCGGUUGAGAAAGCACUGCUUCGAGGAUCACGAUCUGGCUAAAUAUGUGGAACUAAUCAAAGAAAAGGUUUCGAUUCCUAAGUCAACAUCUAAUCAUACCCACCAAGAUGAGCAGCAUGCCGCCACCAAAUAUCCCACCCCUACCAUUCCACCCUAUUCCGCCUCCCUCUGUCAACUUUGCCACUUUACGACAUCGCACUCUUUCCAUCAGGUCCACCUCGUCUACGAUCAAGUCAUGAAACGCUACUGCCAAAUCUGUCAAAAACUUUUUGGUCGAAAACACAUGCUGAUUCUGCACAUGAAUGCAGUUCAUUCCAUCCCCCUCGACGCCCUCGUCAUCCCCUCCGCCACUGGAAUAGUAGAUGAUACGACCUUGCAUGACCCCAAUGAUCCCCCCAUUUCUUGUCCCGAGUGCCCAAAAGUCUUCACCGCUUCCCAGUUCCAUCACUACCACUCCUUCCACGCACAAGGCAUCUGGUCCUGUCCUCACUGUCCGAGUAUCUUUAUCACCCGUGAGAUGCGGUUAAAACAUGUCAAAGACGAACACAAUCCCGGCAAGAAGGUCAUAACCCCAGAAAUUUUGGAAUCCUUGAUACACGCCACGGAAGUCGAGCAUAGCGGAAAAUCCGUCACCAUUUAUACUUGUAAAGUAUGCAUGAAAAACUACAAGAACAAAGAAUUCGUCAUCACUCACAUCCUAGAAGCGCACAAAAACAACGCAUUCACGAGGGUGAUGUGUCCUCAGUGCAAUGCCACAUUCCAGUACGCCCACUCUUUGAGGGGUCACAUGAUAACGGCUCACAGUGAGGAGAGAAUGAAGAGAUUUAAAUGUCCGGCGUGUCCGAAAACCAUAACGAACAUGCCUCAGAUGAAGCGACAUGUGCAAAAAUUUCAUGCAGAAGUUAAUUUCGAUCCAGCAAAAAUUGAGACGGUGAACAUUGUCGAGGAGGGUGCGAGAAAUGGGAAACGUUUCCUCUGCAACAUUUGCACCCAGGAUUUUUCGACGGAGGACGGACUAAAGUCGCACAUCACUGGGAAGCAUUUUCCGAUCCACUUCACCUCUUUUUGUGACCACUGUGGCCUCCAAAUUAGCGAAAAGAGCAAAAAAUGGCACAUGCGGAAACAUCAUAGCGUGCUCACCACGACGAGCGUCGAAACCGCAAAGACGAACAAGGUCAAGAGCCAAGUCAGCUCCGUGUUUGAACUGUUGGAAAUUUUGCAGAAAAUAUUAGUCAAGACUUCUCCCACGCCACGAAAUCAGAAACGAUCAAAUGCUGGGAGGAAGGAACCGGAAGAGAGUGACGAUGAAGGUCAAGAAUCCGAGGACGAAGAUGAUAACGAACAAUCCUUCAGUGGAACGAGUGGCGACGAAGAUAACAACCGGAAGUCACGCCGUAGAUCUGCACAUAGUUUUAUUAAUUUAAAAAGUUACAGGUUAGUAAAACAAAAAACCUUCAAAGCUAAACGAAGCCUCCCCAAACCCCCUCAGAAAAGGAGCAGUCGACCUCGAAGUGCUACCAAGUCGUCCGUAUAUUACAUAGAUGACUCUACUUCUUUUGAUGACGAUGGUAACGAUGCAUCGGAAUUUUCUUACGCGGACGAAUCAAGCGAUGAUAAAAGAAUGUCGCUAAAAAAAUUGUUCAUAAAUCCGAGCAAGAGUCUACGGCGUGGAGUAAUCAAAUCAUCAUCCAAUCUCGCAGGUGGAUCAUCUUUAACAAGAUCUUUAGAUUUAUUAGGAGGUAGAUUCAUUCGUAUCAUGCUCGAACGGUGCGAUAUCGCAAAUUGAAUUACAACUCAAAGACAAAUUCUAAAAUUAGCUUAAUUUUUGUGUAACUGGUUUUAAUUCAACAAAUUUUUAUACAAAUAUGUAAGUGGAUUUUAGCUCCAUAUAAUUUUAUGAAGUGCGAAACGUUAAAUGCGGAAAACAGAUAGUAACGCUUAAAAAUAAAUAUCGUCUAGUCUAA